UUAAUGUUGUUUGAUGACUAUGUGGCAACCUUCUGAACAACGUUGAUUUCGAUCAAAUUGAUAGCUAGUGUAAUAAAUCGACACAGUACCUUAGCACUUUUUGUACAAUAUUAAACUACAUAAGCGGCGAAAAAUUUGUCCAUCAAAUUAAUAAUUAAAUUUCGUUAAAAAAUGAAUUACGUUGACGAUCCUUCCGAUCCCGAUUGCCAGCAUUGCAUGCGGGAGCAUACUAUUUCGUGCAAAAUCAUACUAUUUUCGGCACAAUUGCGUUUUUCAUUUUUUAGGAAAGACAGUAAAGUAAAAAGCGAAUCAAAUACGAACGUUAAAGUAGAGCGCGGCACACCUAAUCAAUCUAAACUAAAAUAUUCGCAGAAAUUCUGUGAAAAAUGGGUGAGCGUGUUUUCACCAUGGCUAGCGCGAUGCGAAGAUGAUCGGAACAAACCAUUUUGUCGGGCAUGUCAGUGUCGACUAGAUUGCAAUCGUUGUCAUUUGCAGAGGCAUGAACGCACUAGUAAACAUGCACGUAAUUUGCAAAUAUUGGUCAACAAAGGGGAAGGAGCUGCUCGUCAAAAUCUUAGUAUUCGCCAAGAGCGCAGCAAAUACUAUCAGCAACGCAAGAAAGUUAAUACUUCUGCGGACUCCCCUGAUGAAUCGGAAAUGGGAGUUGGUGACGAUUACAUCGAAGAGGCAGACACAGAGACGAUAACUGAACAUUUUCAAUACGAACAAACUGAUCAAGUUUCGGGUGAAAAUUUUACCGGUGUAGAAAUAAUAUGUAAACAAGAAAGUGUUCCUCUUGCUAAUGUCGAAGAGUAUGUGUUGAUACGCUCUUUACCUAGAAAUAAUUCAGGACGUCCCAGAAAGGGCGUCCAAAAGCCGACGGAAGUCGACUCGAAUACAGCCACGCCAGUUCGCAAAGACGGCAUAAAAUUAUUGAUGCAAAUUCAUAAAAACAAGAACGAGCUGAUGGAAUUCAUGAACAACUCUAUGUCACAACAAUCCUCUCCUAAAGAAAAAAAUCACGUAGAUUUAUUUUUCGAAAGUGUUAGUUCGAGCGUAAAAGCUUUGUCUCCCAAAUUGAUAGCCGAAACGAAGAUGCGUGUAUCUCAAUUGAUUUGCGAAAUGGAGAUAAGGGCCUUAAACGAAAGGGACGCUAAUACCUCUACGCUUGUGGUCACGGCGGAAGGUAGUAGCGGUGCUUAUAUUAUUAAUCAACAGAAAACGGAAUCGCAACUUGCACAUCAGCAAUCGGACGAGGACAAUCAUUAUGAAGCACUAAGUUGAAAAACAAUCGGAUGCAUUUUUUUUUUAAUCUGAUUUCAUAUUUUUGUUCUAUCGUUGCUUUAUACAUCAUUCAUUUACUUGUAAUAUAUAAAGAUUUAU